GAAACAUAAAACAUUUACAAAACCCAAUCAGACCAAACAUCUCAAAAACAAUAACAUAGAUAGGAGUAAAAGAUCUGGGGCCUGUUGCACAAAAGUAGAAUUAAGACAUCCGGGAUAAAUGACUCAGCUGAGCUCAAUGAAGCCAAAACAUGUGCGUCCAGGCUUAAUUGGUUGCACAAAGACCAAGCCAGGAUGAGCAGACACGGAUUCAUUAAGCCAGGUGAAACCAAUCCUGGAUAGGUGCGCGCUCACGGCUCACUCAAAUAGACCCCGCCACAGAUCACAGAUUAACUGAUUUACCAUGGCAACUAGAGCCGCGUACUUUUCCCCGUCGGAAGCACAAAUCCUCAUGGAGGCAUACGAGGAGGUAAAAUAUAUAAUUAAGAAGAAAGGCAACACCGCCACAGUGAUAAAGCAAAGAGAAAAAGCGUGGCAAAGUAUUGCAGACCGCCUGAAUGCAUUAAACAUGAACGGGCCAAAACGGACAUGGCAGCAGGUCAAAAUCAAAUACAAGAACAUUCUGCAGAAUGCAGUGAAAAAGAAUACCCACAGACAAGGCACGGGUGGUGGGUCACCAAAGGCUGACCUUACCCCAGCAGAGGACAUGGCCUUGGAGCUAAAUAAAGGCAGGCCCGUCUUAGAGGGGAUCCCUGGGGGGGAAGAGACGAGCAUAGGUUCCUCCCAAGAUGCCACCCGCUUCAUUCAAGUGCCUGGCAGCACUGUGUUCCUGUUAGAGCCACCAGCACAAGCACCAGACGAUGCUGAUCCAGGUGAAGGCCCCAGUGCAGCAGCAACAGCACAUGAUGGAGACGAUGAUGAGGAGGAGACCAUCUCUCUGGAUUCCAGAAGGCAUGAGGACCCAGAUGCUAUACAGUGGGAAAACCAGCCUGGCAACAUAAGCUCACAAGCUAUCAGAAAGUUGUAUGGCAACCACCUCCGGCGCCAAAUAGAACUGGCAGACAUAGACAUUCAGUACAAGAAGAAAAAGAUGGAAAAUCUUGCACUGGAGUCCGAAAUAAAAAAGAGGACAAUUAGGAAACUGGACCUUGAAAUAAAAAAACUUGAGAGGGAGCUCCAAGAAGAUGACACAGCUCAAAAUAAAAAUUAGGUAUAUUCUCGUAAAGUCAAGUGAGCCAUGACAUAUGAGCUCUUAUUGUGAGCACACAGGACGGUGGCAUCUUUCUAAGGUUUUUUUUUUUAUUUUCCCAGCAAUCAGUACAACCAAGUCAUCGUUAUAAGGCAUCGCCCUCUUUUGCCCACCCCCCCAGCACCAGGUGUGGCCACUGGCCUAUAUGAAGGCCCAAAAUUGUGUGUUCCUUUCUGCUCUGACAAUGGCAUGCCCAUUCGUGCGAGAUGUGGUGGAUGAAGAAGCACUUGUGCUGAGGAGAGCCUUCAGGCGAGAAAGGGUCUUCAGGGACCGGUUGGACCCACUGGCCUUCCCUGAUGACCAUCUAUAUGAAAGAUACAGGUUUUCUGCAGAUGGCAUCAGGUAUCUAUGCAGACUACUGGGUCCCAGGAUUAAGCACCGCACUGCACGGAGCCAUGCACUGAGUGUGGAGCAAAUGGUUUGUGUGGCCUUGCGCUUUUUGCUAGUGGAGCCUUCCUGUACUCAGUGGGGAUGCAGAACAGCUGAACAAGGCCACAAUUUGCCGCACAAUAAGGAGUGUGUGUCUGGCUAUCAAAGCAUUAGCAGAUGUCUUCAUCUCCUUCCCUGGCCACAGAAGACUCUGUGACAUCAAAGAGGAGUUCUAUAGGAUUGCAGGUUUCCCCAAUGUCAUUGGUGCAGUGGACUGCACACACAUAAGGAUAAAAGCCCCUCAGGUGCCCAUGAGGCCGAUUUUGUGAAUAGGAAAUCCUUUCACAGCAUUAAUGUUCAGAUGGUCUGCAAUGCUGACUGUGUGAUCAGCAAUGUUGUGGCAAAAUGGCCUGGCUCAGUCCAUGACUCCAGAAUCUUUCGGGCCUCUGAAAUCUAUCACAAGGUGAAUUCUCUGGUGUGUUGCUGGGAGACAGGGGGUAUGGCUGCCAGCCUUUUCUCCUGACACCUUUCACAGACCCCCAGGAAGCACAGCAGGCCUACAACCAUGCCCAUGCCAGGACCAGGGCCAGAGUUGAAAUGACCUUUGGCCUCCUGAAGGCACGCUUUCACUGCCUUCACAAAUUAAGGGUCAGCCCUGUUAGGGCAUGUGAUAUUACUGUGGCUUGUGCUGUCCUCCACAAUGUGGCCUGCCUGAGGAAGGAGAGGGCCCCCAGAGUGCCACCAGCCAUGGACUGGGACAAUCCGGCAAUCUUCCCUGAUGACGACAGUGGUCGGCUGCUGAGGGACCAAUAUGUGUUGAAUUAUUUUAGUUAGUAUGUGUGCUUUCAAUUUUGGUUAAAUAUGUCCUGCGGUGGCAGAGGAAUUUGGGUUUUUUGGGUUCGUUUUUUGACGAAUUUGGCCUCUUAUGAUGUUUGUGCGGUAUACUGUGUGUAAUACAAGGCUGCAGGGAGGCUACUGCAUCCAUUCAUUUGUCUGUUCAGUUGAUGUGUAUGGAUUUGUCCUGCAUUUAUUUUAGUGUGCAGACAUGCAGGGUGUGUUAUAUACAGACCUUUGAAUGUGUAUGUAUCAUUUUGUAUAAUAUGCUUGGAUUCUGUGCUUUCCAUCUUGUAGAGUCACUGUGACUUCAGUUUCGAAAGGAGCUGAUGGUUUACCUGCUUUGUUUUGUCCUUAUUCAAUAAAGGAACAUAAUGUUACACAUUGUGUUUUUAUAUUCA